CGGACUGGUCUGUCUCCCGCACGUGAACAGUCCGAGGGACGUCAGCAGACCUUUUCCCACCUGGGCACCUUAAGCGUGCGUGCAAGAAAAGAACUGCUUUUUUUUUUUUUCCAACUGUUUCCUCCGCGGUUCUCCAACCGGUGCCUCUGGAUUACGGAGAGAAUAGCGAGCGGCGUGGGCGCGUAACUCUCGGAAUCAUGGAAUUAUGGAUAAAGUUGAUGUUGUUGUGCAGCUGCUGCUUUGGAGCAAGUGCGGACUUUGACGGCAGGUGGCCACGGCAGAUGGCCUCAUCCAAUGGCCUGUGUCGAUACGGGGCCAGGGUGGACUGCUGCUGGGGAUGGACGCGCCGCUCCUGGGGUCACUGCCAGCCUCUCUUCGCCUUAACUCACAGAGUAGUCGGGAUAAGGUGCCUGCCCCAAGCUGUGUGCCAGCCCAGCUGUAAGCAUGGAGACUGCGUGGGACCUAAUAAAUGCAAGUGCCGCCCCGGCUUCACUGGCAAGACCUGCAAUCAAGAAGAAGAGCUGGACUAUUUUACCCCACCAGUGUGGGCCAGUCACCUCCCUAUCUUUCUUCCCACGGACCAUCAGCCAGCGAGAGUAGUGAUGGAGGACCUGAAUGAGUGUGGCCUGAAGCCGAGGCCUUGUAAACACAGGUGCAUGAACACAUAUGGGAGUUACAAGUGCUACUGCCUAAACGGCUACAUGCUGAUGCCUGACGGGACCUGUGGAAAUGCUCGCACUUGUGGCAUGGCCAACUGCCAGUACGGCUGCGAGGUGCUGAAAGGAGAGGUCCGAUGUCAGUGCCCGUCACCGGGGCUACAGCUGGCUCCAGAUGGAAGAACCUGUGUGGAUGUGGAUGAGUGUGCAGCAGGAAUAGCUGUGUGUCCCAGGUUCAGGAAAUGCAUCAACACCUUUGGUAGCUACAUCUGCAAGUGCCACGAAGGGUUUGACCUGCAAUACAUCAAUGGGAAAUACCAGUGCAAUGAUGUGGAUGAAUGCUCUUUAGGUCAGAGCUACUGCAGCAGCUUUGCCACCUGCUACAACACGCUGGGCUCAUACAAGUGCAAAUGCAAAGACGGCUACAGGGGGAUGGGCCACGACUGCAAACCCAUUCCUAAGGUGGUUAUUGACCCCCCGAGACCAGGUAAACUGCCUCCAAAUCAUCACAACCACAUCCCUGACUUGGAUCACAGGAGGACCAGCACCACCAUCCGCCCACCAGUGACUCCAAAGAGAAUCUUCCCUAUUAUCCCCAGAUCAACACCGGCCACCACCACAACAACAACAACCACAACCACAACCACAACGAAGGCACCCCUGCUUCCAGAGAAGGUCAACCCAGCUCCGCACAAGCCGUCAGUUCCCACCCGGAAGCCCUUCAUCCCCACCAGGAAGCCACCAAUGCCCACACGCAAGCCCUACAUCCCAGCAAGGCCAGUUGCUCCCACCAGAAGCCCCACAACACCACCAACAAUCACCCCUGUAGACAACACCAUCCAGAAGGAGGUCACCAAACAGAGAGGGGAUGUCCACAUCCCUCGGAACCACGGCCAUAACACCGUUCUCGGCAUUGACUUUGACAUUGAGCUUGGCAACACGGCAGAUGAAGCCAAAGACGACCCAGAGUCGGGGUAUCUGAGCUGCUCCUUUGAUGAUGGUCUUUGCGGCUGGAUCAGGGACAAAGAUGGAGACCUGCACUGGGAGACGACGCCUGAUCCGUCAGGUGGACGGUACCUGACCAUCCCUGAGGUAGGAAACAAGAGGACUGGACGAGGGGCCCGGCUGGUCCUCCCACUCACCCCUCCCUGGAAUGACGGCAAUCUGUGCCUGUCAUUCCGGCACAAGCUGGCAGGCCACCAUGUGGGCAUGCUGCAAGUGUUUGUGAAGAAGGGGAAGCAGUACAGUCCAGCAGUCUGGGGCCGGACAGGCGGAAACGGCUGGAGGCACACCCAAAUCACAUUAUGGGGCGCAGGCCUGGAAAGCGUGAUCCUGAAGGGGGAGCGUGGGCGAGGCAGGAGCGGAGAGAUGGCUGUGGACGACAUCACCCUGAGGAAAGGCUCCUGCACAGAGGAGCACAAUCUGAGGAGACUCUGACUGACAGAACAGAAAAAGGCAGAAAGAAAACAGGAGGGAAAAUCAUCUCAAAGAGAACUGACUCUGUUGUGAGACCCCCUCACUCUGCCUGGGCUCUCACUGACAACCGCCACCCCCCCCCCUCCCCCCGCAACCAUCCUAUGAACGAUAUCCGAAAAAUUGUGCAUCAAUAGAACAGUGGGUUUCUAUCUCUCGGCUGUCCGUGCAUAAAAGGACUGAGCCAAAUCUCAUGGGUGGAUCCGAGAAGCACACUCAUGUCUUCUCAGCCUGCCUCUCGCUCAAUCACCUUGAUACUCUGAAACCUGCAUGUACCAACUAACCAUAGAAAUAUCCACCACCUAACACAAUCCUGGCAGCCUUCUGGCCACACUGCUAAGAGGCCCAUAUCACUUCAUUUCCUCCUGGAGAGAGGAUUGUUCCCUCACUUUUUCCUUGCUUUGAUCCUUUAAACCACAAGCUGUUGCUUUUUAUUUGCUUGAUGUUAACAUAUGUGGCCAGGGGUGCAUUUUUCAACCGUUUUGAUCAGCAAAACAUCAGAGGUGGUAGGUAUUAAAAAAAAAAAAAAACUGUAUAAAACACAAAUUGUGUUUGUCAUAAUUUGGUUCUAAUCGGGAUUACUCCAAAUCUGAGUCAGAGUCAGUUUAGGUCUGCUUUUGUUGGUCUACUUUGAGUUUUUGGUAUCGCUACUGUUCUAUAGCACAGUUUUGACUGAAACAGCGCAGCUUUUUCUUUUGUUGUCACAGUAUUUCAAAGAUCUGUUUGGUAGAAGAGAGCCUGAAAAAUUAAGCACUUUUUCCGCCCUGAUCUUUUAUUGAAGCCUCCUAAAGUUGUUUAAACACUCCACAGUCAUGUUUUUCAGAUACUUGAAAUGUGUCAAACAGAAUCAGUGUAUGAUUUUUGACAAUUACAAAUCAACGGUUACUUUCUAUUAUACAGUAUGUGCUUUGUUAUAUUAAGUGCAGUUUGUUAUAAAGACAACACCAACAACUUUUUAGGCUUUCACAAAUUGUAUUAUUGUAAAUGUAGUUGCGUGUACAUACUCAAAAUCUACAAUCCCAUUUGUUGUGUGGUUUGUACAUUAUGUUAAUUCAUACAUGAAUAUUAAUUGGAUUUCAAAAUGGUUGGUAUUUCAACUAUUAAUUAAAGGACAUGUAUACAGAUUGAAAUCUUGUGUAGUGCAAGGCAGUGUUUAAAGUGCACAAAAUGUGUACUGUGUGUUCAUGUCUUACAGUAUAAUGCUCUGUCUGUAACUAGCAAAGCACAUAGUUGCAUAUUGUAUGCUGUGAUAAUGAAGGGCAUCGGCUGGAAUUUAGAGGUUUUCUGUAUGCAUGGGUGCAUUCACCAGAUUCAGAUUUAGCGAGACCAGUAUGUAAAUAAAACACAUUUGACUGAUAUGUUAUGAAACACAAAAUGUUUUUUCCUUGUCGCUGAGAGUAACACA